AUGGCCACCCAGGUCUGCCCUCCCCUCUUCUCCUGUGGGUCUGUCAAGAGCCCGUGUGGCGCAGCAGGCGGCAUCUCUCGGGUGUCCUCGGUCCGCUCUGUGGCCUCCUGCAGGGUCCCCAGUCUUGCUGGUGCUGUGGGGUCGGCCUCCUCCGUCAGGCUGGGCCUCCCCAGCCUCGGGAGCUGCUUGCCCGGCUCCUACCUGGCCGCUGGCUGCUAUCCCUCUGGCUUUGUUGGGAGCGGGGGCUGGUUCUGCGAGGGUGCCUUCAACGGCAACGAGAAGGAGACCAUGCAGUUCCUGAACGACCGCCUGGCCAACUACCUGGAGAAGGUGCGCCAGCUGGAGCGGGAGAACGCGGAGCUGGAGGGCCGCAUCCGGGAGUGGUACGAGUCUCAGAUCCCGUACAUCUGCCCUGACUACCAGUCCUAUUUCAAGACGAUCGAGGACCUCCAGCAGAAGAUCCUGCUGACCAAGGCCGAGAACGCCAGGCUAGUCCUGCAGAUCGACAAUGCCAAGCUGGCUGCAGAUGACUUCCGGACCAAGUACGAGACGGAGCUGUCCAUGCGGCAGCUGGUGGAGGCCGACACCAACGGCCUGCGCAGGAUCCUGGACGAGCUGACGCUGUGCAAGGCCGACCUGGAGGCCCAGGUGGAGUCCCUGAAGGAGGAGCUGCUGUGCCUCAAGAAGAACCACGAGGAGGAAGUCAACGCACUCCGUUGCCAGCUCGGGGACCGACUGAACGUGGAGGUGGACGCUGCCCCGCCCGUGGAUCUCAACAAGAUUCUGGACCAGAUGAGGUGCCAGUAUGAGGCCCUGGUGGAGAAUAACCAUCGAGACGUGGAGGCCUGGUUCAAUGCCCAGACCGAGGAGCUGAACCAGCAGGUGGUGUCCAGCUCCGAGCAGCUGCAGUGCUGUCAGACGGAGAUCGUCGAGCUGCGACGCACAGUCAACGCCCUGGAGAUCGAGCUGCAGGCCCAGCAGAGCAUGAGGAACUCUCUGGAAUCCACCCUGGCGGAGACCGAGGCGCGCUACGGCUCCCAGCUGGCCCAGAUGCAGUGCCUGAUCAGCAACGUGGAGGCCCAGCUGGCCGAGAUCCGCUGUGACCUAGAGCGGCAGAACCAGGAGUACCAGGUGCUGCUGGACGUCAAGGCCAGGCUGGAGUCGGAGAUCGCCACCUACCGCCGCCUGCUGGAGGGCGAGGACUGCAAGCUGCCUGCCCACCCUUGUGCCACGGAAUGCAAGCCUGCAGUUAGGGUACCUUACGUCUCGAGCGUGCCCUGUGCCCCGGCCGUGCCCUGCGGCACAGCUCCCCAGGGCAGCACCCAGAUCCGCACCAUCACCGAGGAGAUCAGAGACGGGAAGGUCAUCUCCUCCAGGGAGCAUGUGCAGCCCUGCCCGCUGUAG